AUGGCAUUACCACCCAUUCUGUCAAACCUCGACUGCUCUUGCGAUCCCGAAUGCGUCUUCAAAUCACCACCAUGCUGCUAUGAGGCUUUCUUUGAAAAUGAAGACGUGCACUGUCGAAACCUUUCAAUUCAAAAGCCUCAUAUGAACAUUCACUCGUUUUUUUACGUCAUAGACACGUGUCCAUCGGAAUCAGACAUGGAAGUGGUCGCUGGCUGUACUCGAGACAUGGACAAUAUCGACAAGAUGCUACAUCCGCCGGUAUUGGACCCUAUCACAAAGAAAUCCUAUCUCAACAAGAACUGUGCUAAGUGCAAUGGGGUUCAUCAAACAGAAGAUUGGGACUUGGAAUUUUUCUGCAUGAAUCAAACGGACUUUAACUAUCUAUCAACUCAUGAAGAAAUCUUGUCUAGUGGGCAAUCGUCGGGUUGUUCUAUGAUAUUCUCCACACUAUAUGCAUCCAGGUGUGCAGUCGACAAAAAUGUCGUCAUGAAAUGUAAUGUGUCUGGUACUUGGAAAAACUACGACCAAGAUGUAGAACUGGCUUGUCUCAGCGAUUAUUAUUCCACAUACGAUAAUUUCAAAAACAUAUUUUGUGCAAUAUGUAACCCCCCAGUUGUAUCUCCGAGGAUUAAACAGUUGUCUUGUGCAAACUCGUUUAACGAUGAAAUGACUGCAGCUUGUGUUAGCCAGCCCGAAACGUUACUCACAUAUCCAUAUAAAAAUAUAUAUUGUCGAACAUGUCAUCAGUUUAAACAUGGCCUCAUCUUCGGAACGCUACAAACAUUCUCGUCAACGUUCAACGAAAACAUUCCAACGCCAUUUUUGUACACUGUGAUGUAUACCUACAUGCAGAAUCAUAUUUCAAGCAGAAUCGAUCAAGCACGACAAGAAGGACAAAGGGCGAUAUGGAAACAUCGUCAGUUUCACAGUUCUAGCGUUAAUCUAACUAAUCUGAUCGGAAAAAGUGUAUCCGCUUUUGCAGGAAAGACAUGCAACUCAAAUCACUUUGAUUCUGCAAAACUAGGUCUAUUCCUAAAGGAUUGCUCCUGUCACCCUGGCUGUACCAAAACUUGUUGUGAUGAUCUAGCCUUCCGGCAACCCUUUUCCUGUAUCAAUACAGCUUUUCCACCGUCCGAAGUGGAAGACGGCGGGUAUUAUGUUCUGAAUGAUUGUCCCCAGACAGACGAAACGAUCCAUAGUCUUUGCACCACUACAAGAACAGAUGACGUCACGUUCCAAGUUCCAGUUACGAUAAGUACUCAAGGAAGUUUUGCCUCAUUCAGAAAUGUUUAUUGUAUGUUAGGAAACAUGAUAACAUCGUCAUAUGAAGAUUUAAAUCUGGAUCGGAUAAUAGUCCAUCAAACAAAACCCUGGAAGGUAGUAAUUGCUUGUCCAUUCCCAAUAUCGAUCGGACCCUUGACUGUACCGGAGAUGAUUUUACAAUAUUCGCUAGAUGUUAACUGUACUCACACACUCCGUCCCCAUGAUGACACUACUAUCUGUGACAAAAAAGAAGUAGACAUUAAAGAAUGCAACCAAACUGGAACAUGGGUUUUCUCUGAUACAGAUGUAUCUAAAGCAUGUGAAAACACCGAAGACUUCCGAUUUCCUACCGUCAUCGACAAAGUCCAAGGGAUAUCGUAUAAAAAUAAGUUUUGUAAGUUGUGUAAUCCCUACAACAUAUCGAAUAGUCAGGCGCUGAUAUCCGCCUGUCCCAGCAUUUCACUGAAAAUGAACUUUCGUUUAUAUCAGGCUUGCAAGAACCUACCAGAUACACACGUGUGUUCCAAUUACAAGAACAUAGCUUGUGAAGUUUGUAAUGGUGUGCAAAGUUGCAACUUGGAAUACGGUAACGAAUUCAAAGCGAUACAGAGAUACAUGGAAGAUAAAGAUCACGUGAUAAUGAAUACUUACAGGUCAAUGUUCACGCUGUCGUCGUUUGAUUACAUACAACAAUCCCAGUAUAUAUGUUCACAACAGGAAAUACUUUAUCAGACAUCUUGUAGAGAACGUGAGUGCUUUCCUGGAAAAAUUUUCAGCGGCUCCUCCUGUGUUCCAGUCAUACAUAGUACAGGAAACCUGAGAUUUACAAUCAACAUUCAAAUCAUUGUCACAUUAAGGGAACAGAGGCUGGUUGGCAAGGUGCUGGAAGCUAUUAAACUAUGGGUAGAGACAAGCAUUGUGAAUGCAACAGGACUUCACACGAUCGGUAUCUUUUUUGAAAGACACAUUUUCGUUUCUGAAAAUUCAUGUAACGCAUUAUCCAGUAAGCUUACAAUUACAAGCAAUGUUAUAUUCUUUAUAAUGCCCAUAUUACCUGACCGAAUGAGUGUAGAAAGGAAACUUCUGCAGUUUGUCGAGUCCGACACUCGAAUAUUUCUCAGUGACACCAAAGCUGUGGUACGAACACGUCUUAAUCAUGACACAGAAUUCCUUGCCAUAGAUCCAAACAUUGUGCACAGUAUCUGUAAGAUUGUUGAGGAGUCAGGGCAAACAGAGUAUGCCUUAUACAGACCGGUAUUGAUAAAUCAAUUAUUGAUUUGUCAGUUAAUUACUCUUAAGUCUGAAGAAUAUUUUGUUGAGAGCCCCUUAAGGAUAAAAAUACUGGCAUCUAACAAGACACUGUCUUUUCAAGAGUUUCUCGUCUCGGACAAUGGAAGUUAUCAGAUAUGUGUUGAAAACAUUGUUCUACGAUCUGUUGAGAACUCACUAUUGUCGGAUAUCUCAAGUCCCUUGUCGAUUCUCACUGGUUCCUGCACUGUGGUCUCUGUGAUCUGUCUUUUCAUUACAUUCCUGACUUACUCCGCUUUUGAAAGUCUGCGAACCAUUCCUGGAAUCAACAGCAUGUGCUUGACAGCAACAUUAUUUUGUUUGCAGUUAUUUAUGUUAACGAGAAAAUAUUUCUUUGAGACGCAUUUCGCAUUAAGAGUCUUUCUGUCGGCCAUGACCCAUUAUCUUUUACUGUCUGUUUUCUUUUGGCUCAAUAUUUGUUCGUACCACAUGUUUCGCGUAUUUACGGAAAGAUCAAAAUCUUCCUCUAAGCUGGGAAGAUGGAAAACCACUUUGGGAUACGCACUGUACUCUUUUGGUUUGCCUCUUCUGAUAGUUUUGGGUAACAUUGUUGUUUUCCUAAUAAUCACUUCCGGACAUCAGUGUGGGUAUGGUAAAACACAGAUCUUGGUUGACAACAAAUUGGCGUACUUAGUAACCUUUAUUGUACCAUUGUCAUUUAUAUGCAUUGCUAAUUCUAUAUUCUUUGCUAUUACCGCUUUUAAGAUCAAGUUCACUCCCAAAGUGGAUAGCGUCAACCACGGACAGGUACACUUUGUGGUAUAUAUCAAGUUAUCUACCCUUACAGGACUGACGUGGGCUUUUCAGAUAUUAGAUUCAUUUUUGGAGUUGUCUUUCCUGUCUUACGUAGUGGCAGUCUUGAAUGGUUUGCAAGGUUUCUUCUUGUUCAUUAGCUAUGUCUGCAACACUAGAGUAGGGAAAAUGUACAAAGAACUCAUCAUGUCAUGUUCAUCUCUAAGACAAAAAGGUUCAUCGACAGGUACUACUAAAAUAUCCGAUAAAGACAAUUAA